AUGACGAGCAAAAACGGGAAGAGUAAAAAAUCAUCUUCCAAUUCGUCGAAAGAAAUCUCUCUGCUCUGCGCGGACGAGCUCGGAUACCUGCGCUUCGCGUCGUCCUCGAACGCGUACGGCGCCAUUCUCCAUCGAUUCGAUUCUUCUUAUUGCGUAUCAAACACUUACGAGAAUAAGAAGAAUAAAGAAACUUUUGGGAUUGAGAAACUGUGCUCGAGUUUUCACCGCCAGAUGGGGUGCAACCUGUACGCCGUCGCGAGAAGGAACGGGAAGGUGGAAAUCGUUCGGGCUGGGAACGGUGGAUUUUUUCAGCCUUUAUAUGACAAAACGGUAGGAGGAGUAGCGGCAGUUUCGGUCCCGAAAUGCGUUGGAUUAGAUUUUACGGAAGACGGGAAACAGCUCACCGUGGCCGCGGAGGACGGGACGGUGACCGUGUUGCGAGUGAAAGAGGAUGGCGAGGGGACGUGGAAAAGCGGCGGCGCGGACGCGCGUUCGUUCGCGUUGUUGAAAGAGGACGUCGCGAGGAGAGAAGAAGAAGGGGUGGUGUUGUGCGCGCGAGCGAGUAAAGAUGGGAAGCGGUUACUUUACGGAGGGAAAGGGCAAGGAAACGACGUGAAGAUUGUGGAUGUAGAGCAGGAAGGGAAGUUGGUGUGGAAAGCGAAACCUCCGCCGGUGAAUAGGUUGAAUUAUCGAGCGCCGCCGUGGGUGAAAUGCGCGCGGUUUAAAGAUCGCGGGGAAGCAAACGGAGGCAACGAAAGUUGCGUUUUUGCCGUCGGGACGGGGGAGAAGAAAGUGAGGUUGUACGAUACUAGGGCGAAUAAACGCGCGACGAUGGAAGUGGAAUACGGCGAAGCGCCGGUGAAUUCAGUCGCUUUUAGUUCCGUCGACGAACACCGGAUGUUUGCCGCGGACAGUCGAGGUAAAUGUUGCGCCAUCGAUUUGAGAACGAGUAAAGCGUGCGGCGCAAUUCGGGGCAAUUCGGGGAGCGUUCGCGAAAUCGAAGCGCACCCGACUUUAGAUUUAGUAGCCACGGUUGGGUUAGAUAGAUACGUUCGAGUGUAUAACGGCUCCAGUAGGAAAUGUCUAGGUGCGGCGUACGCGAAGCAAAAUUUGACGUGCGUCGCCUGGGACACGUUCCAAGAUAGAGAUGGAAAUAGAAAGAAGAAAAAAGGUAAAAGGGUAGAUGCAGAUAAUAGCGACGAUAGCGAUAACGAUGACGAGGAUGACGAGGAAAACGACAACGAUAUUUUGCCGAAGAAACGGAAGAAGAAGAAGUCGAAAUCAAAAAGAAAAAGAAGAAGACGAAUGAAGACGUGA